CAUAGUGGGAGCUAGGGCUGCGACUUGCCAAUGUUGGAAGGGGAUACAAUUCAGUUCACAGCAAGUCACGUGAGAGACGGUGGCCGGGCGGGGAGGGCCUGGGGGUGUCCUCGGACUGAGUGCCCAGGGAAGCCCUCUCCAGGGAGCCGCGUGGAGAUCACCGGUGGGUACUACGAGUACAUUGACGUCAGCAGCUGCCAAGACAUCAUUCACCUCUACCACCUGCUCUGGUCUGCCACCAUCCUCAACAUCGUCGGCCUGUUCCUGGGCAUCAUCACUGCCGCGGUCCUUGGAGGCUUUAAGGACAUGGUAAGGAAGGAAGUGCCUUCCCAUUCCAGAGGCCCUUGGUGGGAGCCAAG